AUGUUUUCUCUUAAUUUUAUAUUACUGUUUUUCUUAACAGUCAGCCCUUCUCUUAGUAAAACUAAAACCGGAGAUCUCUUGAUUUUUACUGUAUCAACAAAUGAAACUGAUGGCUUCAAAAGAUACAUUAAGUCAACUGAAGCUUACGAUUUGUCUGUCAAAGUCCUUGGUAUGGGACAAAAAUGGGAGGGAGGUGACAUGAAGUUUAGAGGAGGCGGAUUUAAAAUUAACCUAUUGAGGCAGGCACUAAAGCCAUAUCAACAUGACGAAUCUCUCAUCGUUAUGUUCACUGACAGCUUUGAUGUGAUGUUUUUAGGAACUAAGGAGAAUAUUAUUAAAAACUUUAAAACUUUCAAUGCAAGUAUUGUGUUUGCUGCUGAAGUUUACUGUUGGCCUGAAAAAUCGCUUGCAGACAGUUAUCCUAAAACUGAAUCUCCCUACAAGUAUUUAAACUCCGGAGGUUUCAUUGGUUACGCUAAGCAGUUGUAUAAUCUUUUGAAUGAAAACAGAUUAAAAGAUAAAGAUGAUGAUCAACAUUAUUUCACAAAACUGUUUCUGAAUACAGAAAUCAGAGAAAAAUAUCGAAUCAGGCUUGAUCAUAAAGCUACCAUUUUCCAGUGUGCUUCUGGAGCUGCAGAUCACUUGAAGCUUAUUGAAAGCUCUGAUGGCUACUACGCUCUACUUAAUGAAAUCACUGGGUCUCAACCUUUAGUAUUGCAUGGAAAUGGACCUAGCAAACUCUACUUAAACUCAGUCGGUAAUUACUUAUCUAAAGCGCGUAGCUCAAGUACUAAUGAUUGCCUGGAUUGUCCCUCUAUCAAUAUGCCUUACGUUGGUGAAUUUCCCAUUAUAUUGAUGGGAAUUUUUAUUCCUUUUGAUACACCAUUUAUGGAGGAAUUUUUAGAAAAGAUUACUAAACUCCAGUAUCCUAAAAAUAAAAUCCAUCUUUAUAUUUUCUGUAAGGUGGAAAGCCAUUUACACAUUAUAAAUAACUGGAUUUCAGAAAAUAAAGAAUACUUAUCAGUUAAAAAAAUUGAGCCUAAUGAAGGAAUAGAUGAACCUCUAGCAAGAAACUUAGCAAUAGAAAGAUGUAAAAUAAAGAAUUGUAAGUUCUUCUUCUCUGUUGAUUCUGUUGUACAUCUUGAUGAUCCUACAGUCUUGCAAUGGCUGAUUCAAGAACAAAAAGGUGUUAUCGGACCGAUGCUUUUAAGGCCUUACAAAUCUUGGUCCAAUUUCUGGGGUUCAUUAAGUAACGAAGGAUAUUAUGCUCGAUCAUUUGACUACAUGGACAUUAUCAAUAACGAUAAAAGAGGAGUAUGGAAUAUUCCUUAUUUAACAAGUUGUUACUUGAUAAAUAGUACACUUCUCCCAUUGUUGAGUGGCGCUUAUGAAAAUGGAAAGUUGGAUCCUGACAUGGCUUUUUGCCAAACUUUGCGUGAUAAGGAAGUUUUUAUGUUUGUUGAUAACCGCAUCGAUGUUGGCCACUUAAUAAACCCUGAAGAUUUCGAUCCCACUAAAGUGAAUCCUGAAAUGUAUGAAAUUUUCACCAAUAAAUAUGACUGGGAGCAAAGGUAUAUUCAUCCUAAUUUCAGUAUGUCCCUUCGUGAAGAUGUCACUCCUAUACAGCCUUGUCCUGAUGUGUAUUGGUUCCCUAUAGUUACUCCACGUUUUUGUAAAGAAUUGAUACAAAUGGUUGAAAGCUAUGGUAAAUGGUCUUCUGGAAGCAAUCAAGAUGAGCGUUUAGCAGGAGGUUAUGAAAAUGUUCCUACAAGAGAUAUCCAUAUGAAGCAAAUAGAUUAUGAGAGACAUUGGUUAUAUUUUCUUCAACAAUAUGUGAGACUGCUUCAGGAAAGAGUGUUUAUUGGCUAUUUUCAUGAUCCCCCACAGGCUUUGAUGAACUUUGUUGUACGCUAUCGACCUGAUGAGCAGCCAUCUUUAAGGCCUCAUCAUGAUUCGAGCACUUACACUGUAAAUAUAGCACUUAACAGGAGAGGUAUUGAUUAUGAGGGAGGAGGUUGCAGAUUUCUUCGCUAUAAUUGCAGUAUCACUGAUACCAAAGUCGGCUGGUUAUUAUUACAUCCUGGCCGUCUGACACAUUAUCAUGAAGGCCUGCUUGUUUCAAACGGAACACGUUAUAUCAUGGUUUCUUUUGUUGAUCCAUGA